CAGGUCACGUGAUGUAAAUUUUUGUUGGGCAUGCGCGUAUACCUACUGAACAUUUUCUGUGUGAUUUUGAAACGGUGAGAUAUCUUUUAGAAAUCUUGAUUUUAAAUUGGCCAUUUGUGUUUUUCGCUGUAAUUUAUAGUUAUCCAAAGUUAAAUAGUGCUAGUGCAAAGGUGCUGUGUCGUCGUCUUAAAGGUCACCACAUCUCUAAAUGGCAAUCGGGAUUGCCAUCCGAAUGUCGUAUGAUGGAUUGUGAGAAAUCUUUGUGAAUUGGAUUUUAUCGCCGGCGUAUAGUUCCCAAAAUUUACAAUUAAAGAAAAUGACUCCAGACAGUGAAGUGCCGUGAAAGUAAUUUAGUGCUAGUUUUUGGUGCAGUUUUUAGUGUUGAUCUCGAGUUACACUAGUGUACAGUGUACAGCGGCUGGUGCGCGCGGUGGCCUCGCCGAGUGUGCCAUGAGUUUUACAUGGGUUUGGACACUUUGCGACUCUUGCAAAGAUAAUAUUUUGGAUUUCACCAUCGACAAGCUGUUUUGGUAAACGAUGGCGCACUACCCACAGCCGGCCAGCCUGGAGGCGGCGCUGCCGCUGCUGGCGCGGCCGGACCCGCGGCUGCGCCAGCAGCUGGGCGAGCGGCUGGCGGCGCUGGUGCGCGGCGAGGAGCUGACGCACGAGCUGGUGGCGCCGCUGCUCGACGCGCUCGUCACCUGGCUCAACGGCGGCAACUUCAAGGUCGCGCAGAGCGGGCUGGAGGUGAUAGGGGCACUCGCGGAGCGCAUGGGCCCGGAGUUCAGCCACUACGUGUCCACCGUGUUGCCGCACGUCAUCGACAGACUAGCCGACACAAAGGAGGGCGUGCGCGUGGCGGCGCGCGCUUGCAUCUCGUCGCUGGGGGACAGCCGCGCCGCGCCGCCGCGGCCGCUGCUGGCGCGCCUCACGCCCGCGCUGCAGCACAAGGCGCCGCACGCGCGGGAGGAGGCCUUGCGCUGCAUCGCCGAGCUGCUGCACUCUCACGGUGCAGCAGAACUGCAGUUGAGGUCAGCAGUGCCCAGCCUCGCUGCUCUGCUGGGAGACCCCAGCGGGGCGGUGCGCGACUCCGCCCUGCAACUGUUGGUAGACGUGUACCGACAUGUUGGUGAAAGACUAAGACAGGAUCUGAAGAAGAAGGAACUGAUACCGGCGGCCAAGUUGAUGCUUCUAGAGCAGAAGUUUGACGAGGCGAAGGCGGCUGGCCUGCUGCUGCCUUCUGCCCUGAGCGUGGACGAGGCGGACUGCGCCGCGCGCAGCGUCAAGCGGACCAUGACCAUCCCCACCUCCGCGCGCAGCAGGGACGGCGACAGCUCCGGCGCCUCCACACCCGCGUGCGAACCACCCAAGCGCACAGUGGCAGGGCUGUACAGUAUGCCCUCUGCGUCGAGGAAGCCCCCACCACCGGCUAAAAUGACUGGCUCUACUAGCGCGUCAAGCAGCGCGGGCGGAGGCGCCGGCGAGGCGGGCGCGGUGUCGAGCGAGGCGUUCGAGGCGGCGUUCGCGGCCACGCCCCCCGCCGCCGUGUACGGCGCGCGCGGGCUGGACGACCUGUGCCGGCACGCCGCCGCCGUGCUGGGCGACCGCGCCGCCGACUGGGAGAAAAGGAUCGACGCGCUGAAGAAGAUCCGCUCGCUGCUGACGGCCAACGCGCACGUGCAGUACCCGGCCGAGUUCGCGGCGCACCUCAAGGACUUGUCCGUGCCCUUCCUGGUCGUCAUCAAAGAUCUGAGGAGUCAGGUGGUGCGUGAGGCGUGCAUCACAAUCGCGCACAUGGCCAAGGUGCUGAAGAACAAGCUGGAGCAAUUCAGCCUGUACAUCCUGCAGGAACUGAUCAAUCUCAUACAGAACGCUGCCAAGGUGAUAUCGUCGGCGGGCACCGUGUGCGUGCGCUACAUCGUCACGCACGUGCACUCGCCGCGCCUCGUGCCCGCACUCGCGACCAACCUCACCACGCACAAGAGUAAAGAGAUACGCGCCACCCUGUGUGAAGUGCUGGUAUUGCUCUUGGAGAAGUGGAGUACGCCGAGCAUAGAGAAGCAGCAGGCAGUCAUCCGCGACGCGAUCCGCCGGGCGUGCACCGACGCCGACAGCGCCGCCAGGAACUACGGCAGAAAAGCGUACUUCGCGUACAAGCGCCACUACCCGUCGGACGCGGAGCAGCUGUUCGCGCGCCUCGACUCGGCGGCGCAGAAGCAGAUCGAGCGCGAGCGGCUCGGCUCGCUCGACAGUCUGCACCACAUCGCCACCGAAAGACGAAAUAUAACUAGUCCCAGGAGUCCCUCGGCAAGUGUUUCUGAGCGGUCGCCGGGCGGCGGCGCGGCGCGCUCGGUGUCGGCGCUGGACGCGGCGGCGGCGCAGCGCGCGCGCGCCCGCGCCCUCUACUCGCACCUGGCGCGCUCCAAGGUCGCCGCCGGCACCGCCAGCUUGCCUCGCGCCAAGCGGUCGCCAGUGAGCGCGGCGGUGCCGCCGAGUCCGGAGCGAGCGGUCGGCCGAUCCCGAUCUCGACCCGGCGUCUCACAAUCACAACCGACGUCCAGGUCGUCGUCGCCGUCGUCCCGCAGCGGGCCCGUGUCGCUCACCAGCGCGCGCCGCCGCCCCUCGGGCAUCCCGCGCUCGCUGGCCGGCUCCCGGGAGACCAGCCCCACCAGGAGCGGGCGGUCGAGCAGUGUGGCGGGCGGCGUGCGGCGCCGCGAGUCCGUGGAGCGGCCGCAGCGCGCGCCCGCCGCCACGCUGCGCCUGCUGCAGCAGACCAGGGACGCGGAGGCGGCGCUCAGGAGCCCUGAAGACAGCUCGGCGUGCGAGGGGCGCCGCGACGACGACUCGGAGGCGUCCAGCGUCUGCUCCGAGCGCAGUCUCGACUCCUACCGCAGACACGAUAGCGCGUCGUGGUCGGGCUCGCGGCUGGGCUGGGAGAGCUCGCCGCCGCCGCCGCCGCCGCCCGACGACAUCAUCGAGCUGUGCGCCUGCACGCACUGGACCGAGCGCAAAGAUGGCCUCACCUACUUGGCCAACUACCUGAACAGCGGUCGCCUGCUGUCGGAGCAGCAGCUGAGGCGGCUGACGGAGCUGCUCAACAAGAUGUUCGUGGACGCGCACACCAAGGUGUUCUCGCUGCUGCUGGACGCGGUGUGCGAGCUGCUGCUGGUGCACUCCAACCAGCUGCGGGACUGGCUCUACACGCUCAUGUUCAGAUUACUAAUGAAACUGGGCACAGACAUCCUGGGCUCGGUGCAGAGCAAGAUCAUGAAGACACUGGACGUCAUCCACGAGUGCUUCCCCGCGGAGCUGCAGCUGCAUAACAUAUUCAGGUUUCUAGCAGACGGUGCUACGGCGCCGACGGCCAAGACGAAAGCGGCGGCGUUGAGGUUCCUGGCGGACUUGGCGCACGACUAUUGCACGCCCAACAGUUUGGCCGUCGCUUUACAUGGGGGCGCGACGGACGUGGCGGGGCGCGCGCUGGCCAAGGUGUCGGCGCUGGCGGGCGACCCGCGCGCCGGCGACGUGCGCCAGUGCGCCCGCCGCGCGCUCUCCUGCCUCUACGACUGCAACCCGGUGCCCUUCACGGCGCUGAUGUCGGAGCUGCCGGCCGACACACAAGCCCUGGUCAACGGCGUGGUGCAGCAGCACGUGCGCAGGACUUCCAGCACCGGCAGCGACAGUCCCCAGCGCGCCGGAGCGACGCCGCACUGCGCGACGGCCGAGGACGUGUACUCACGCAUCAGGAAGACGACCAGCGAGAUACACACCUACACCGCGCAGCAUGCCACCGAAUGCGGCAACCACAUGUCGAGCAAGGACUCGGGCAUCAGUCAGAUGUCGGACGCGACACUGUCCAAAGGGCAGAACGGCGCGCCCGUGCCCAACGGACACUACAACGCCGAGCUGAUCCUGCGCGCCGCGUCGGCCGACAGCUCGGAGGAGGCCAGCAGCACCAAGGAGUCGUCGCCCACUCCGCACAACCGGCUCGACUUGCAGCACGGCGACUACAACUCGUGCGCGCGCGACAAGAUGAAGCCGUACGAGACGGACGAGAAUGGAAUGAUCAUAACCAAAUCUGGUCUGCGCGAGGUGGAGGUGCUGGAGGCGCUCAGCAAGCUGGAGGUGACGAGCGCGGCGCCCGAGCACACGGAGCGGCUGCUGCUGGCCACGCACGAGGUGCUGAAGUACGGCGACUGCAAGAAGCCGCAGGAGUACUUCAAAAACAUAGUUCGAGUGGCGCUGGCCACGCUGUCCGUGGACGAGAGCGCUGCGGACAAAGAGAACGCCGACAGCGCCGCCAACGCCCAGCAGCCGUCAGGCUGGGGCACCGCGAACGAGCGCGCGGCCGCCGAGGCGGUGAAGGUGCUGGUGUGGCUGUGCCGGCGGCCGGAGACGCGCGCGCAGUGGCUGGAGUACUUCGACCUGAUCCUGCUGAAGCUCAUCAACGCGUACGGCGCGCUCAGCAAGGAGGUCAUGCGCGCCGUCGACGUGGGCAUGCCGCACAUCGCCGCCGCGCUGCCCGCCCCGCAGGUGCUGGCGCUGCUCAAGCCCGUGAUCCGCACGCGCGGCUACCCCACGUCUCUGUGCGCUGUCAAGCUGGCCACCGAGGUCGCCAAGGCGCGCCCGCACGAGCUCACCGACGACAUCGUCGGCCAGCUCAUGGAGGGGGUCGGACAUCUGGCCGACCACCAGAACUCCGCCGUGCGCAAGGCGGCCGUGUUCUGCAUGGUGGCCUUCACGUUCGCGCUGGGCGAGGAGCGCAUGCAGCCGCACCUCAAGCACCUCUCCGUCAGCAAGUGCCGCCUGCUGCAGGUGUACAUCAACAAGCAGCGCGAGGACGCCUCCAAAGGCGGGCCGGCCUCGUAGCGGCGACCGCGCCGCGCCACGCGCAGCACGCAAACUGACUGAGCGGCGCGCCUACCGCCCCGCCGCGCUCCGCCGCUCCACCGCCGUCGGGCUGCGGCGCUCGGCCUCCGCGCCCGCACCCACCUCCCCGACAUCGACAUGGACGUCCCCGACAUCGACAUCCCCGACAUCGCACACAUCGCCGACAUGGACGUCGCGUGUCCGGCGUUCCACAUCGCAAUAAUACCUACGCCUUCCGACAGAGGUCGUAAGUUGUUUGUGAUUAUAUAUAUUUUUUGUUAGCGACGAUUUUGUUUCUUCACAAUAAAACCUUUUAUCAUGGUUUGUGAUUUUAAUUUUUUAUUGUAGUCUUACGAUCUGUUACAAAUUGUGACUACUACGACUCUUAAUUUAGCUUUGAUAAUUCAAAGCCUCGUUUUGAACUCACUACGUAUGUUGUAGAAAGAUUUGAUAAUGUAACAUAUUAAAAAUGCUAAUCAGGCUCAAUACAGGACACUUUCUCGUGUGUCAAUAUCAAUAUCUGAGCAUAUUGAGUCACUUUCAAAUGACGCGUACGAUUAUGUGCAUUUAUGUUUAACAAUAAUGUUGAUACAUUUUAUUGACAGAUCAAUAUUGUUUUAGCAUGCGAAAUCUCAUAUUGAAAAAAAAAUACCUAUUUGUAAUGAAUAUGUCAUUAUUUUCAAGUUAAAUUUAUUUCUUUUCAUAAAAUACAUUUUGUCUGACAUCCUACAUCUAUUCUUUUCUAUCCUAAAACUUUAACAAAGUCUAAUAAUAAUUGUAGUUCAAUGUAUGUCUGGUGUAACGUUUUGAACUAUUUAUCGAUCUUCUUUACUCUAACAUUUAAACUAUUACGAUGUAGAUUCUUAAAUACAUGUGAUUAAAAAAAAAUGUCCAUAGCAGUAUGACAACACUACUGAAUAUAUCACAGUAGAGCUAAUAAUAAAUUAAUUAUUUUUGAUGUUUAAUUAUCACAAAUUACUUAAAAUAGCAAGAAUAGUAGAGCAUUAGGUAUUCAUGCUAAAUUAGAAAACAGGUAUUCAUGAGAAUUCGCAUGCGAAAAUAAUAUAGCUACGAGUACAUAUAACUAUAUGAAACUCAGUAUCCAUUCAUGUUUUAUAAUAUUAUUUCGGUGACCUUAACCACUAAGUCGAACAUAUCUAUAUAUAUAAUAACUCGACUGGAACUCGUCAAUAAAACGUUUCCACGUCAACACCACACAUGGAUUUCCCCAACAUGAAUAUGGACAUCCCCGACAUGAAAAUGGACAUCCCCGAUAUGAGUAUGGACAUCCCCGAUAUUGUUUGCAUUGACGAUAGACUACUCAAAAUAGACAGGUGGUAACAUUAGGCAAAACGUUAUCGAAUAUGUUUAAAUUUUUUAAGUUCGCCUAUAGUGUUACUCUAAGGGUAUAGUUACCAAAAUCGGGUAAAUCGUUGUGAUAUUGAAAAUGCGGGAAUGUUAUUGAAUUAUUGUAAGUGUGUGGUGUCGACAAACAUCCUGGUUACCGAACUUAACUGUACUAAUAUAUUUGUUACAUACUUUUUUAAACAUUUUAAGUUAUUUUUUUUAUAUAACGAAGCUAAUAUUAUGUUGUAUAAUCAGACUGCCUUAUACAUAAUAAAGUGUAUUUAUACAUAAAACUGCAUUUAUUUUAUUUAAAAAUAUAUAUGAAAUACGGGCGGGGAAUUAGUGUCGGUCCAUAUGUGCUUUAUAUAGGGGUGAGUUUUUGAGAUGGAUCAUUAUAGGUCGUUUACAAUAUAUUUAUUUGAAUAAUAAAUCUAGCACUUGUAUGAACGUUCAAAUUUGAAGUUCAAAAAAGUAACUCUUAAGUUCAAAACAUUUGGAUGUAAUUUUUUUUCAUUGAGUUUGUUGGUUGGGUUUUUUGUGAAAUAAGUAAGUGAAUAAGCAUCUACGUAAUUCAUCUGAAUCAUCGUUAAUUCAGGCGUGAUUGCAACUAAGCGCUAGCUAAAAAAAGAAAACUAAAUUUUACAUGUGAGCUGUGGAAUCAGCUUUCUGCAAUGUUUUAAUACUAACUAAAAGUCUUAAUUAAUUUUUAGUUAGUAUUAAAACAUUUGACGCCUAAACAAAUCCCUUUAGAACCGUUGCAAAUGCUUCCUCCUCAACCUUCAGUCGUGUUCCUCAUAUAUGAGGGUCGUGAGCACCUCCACCCAUGGCUUUCAUUGUUAUUGUAUAACGCCAUUGUGUUGUGCAAAUGGUUAUGUGGUAGUCAUCCAGCCACAUAUGCUUGUGGUAAAAAUUCUAGCAAGCUGAAAUUUCGAUGGACGUUAUUUGGUAGUAGGAUCUUAUGUGACAUAAAGAUAAGUUAUUAAGAAAGGAUUCUAUAGAGGAAACGUGGAGGGUAAAUUUUGGAUGAAAGUCUUUGAAUGAACAAGGGUUUUCCAUGUGGACGAAAGUAACAGUGUUUUCUUUCUAGUGGGAGUUAUAUUUUUUUUAAAUCUUCACCUUGCUGAUCCAUCCCAAAAUGUCACCCUUGUCAGAAAAUUUGCGUGCUUCAUGCGUGUGCGAGUCAGUAUUAUGCAAAAUGGAGUUUUUAUGUUGUAUUAUUUAAAGAUAUUUUAGGAUUAAGUCUUUUGGCAUUCUACUUGAAAUUGCAUGAAAAUCAGUUCAAAAAUUUCACUUCACAAAAAUACUUGCACCGCUUCAACAAAAGCAGAACUCUCAUAACAUUCAACUACGAGUAAAUACAAUCAUCCACGUACCUACAUAAUCUGUUGUUUAAUCAAAACCAUCCAUAAUAUAGUAAAGCAACUAAUUGCUUACAUACUCAGAACAAGUGUAGCGAAGCGACCAGUUAUCUGGAGAAUAAAACCAUCUUUACCCUCAAGUGCCUGUAACUUUACAGACAACUACUAUUUGUAGCAGAAAUGAGAGCAAUAUCUUAGCAUUCCAUGGAUACACUAUAGGUGUGCCGGCUCCACCAAGUGAAGAGAAAACUCCGAGCAGACUCCAGGACUUGUUACCGGGAUCAAGGAUUUUAUAAUAGAGAUAUGCCAUUAGCACUUCAAAACUGAGGCGAACAAAAGUGUGUAAUUGUCUUGCUUUCAUUGUCGCGUAGUAAACAACGAAUCUAUAUAAAUAAUACCUAAAUAUUGUAUACAAUGUCGAGUUAUGUGUUCAGGAACUAUAAAAACUGUAUAUACACAAAUAUACAAUAGAAUUAUAUAUUUGCGGUGAUUUUGUAGACAAUUAACAUAUCUAUUGUAUAAAAUAUCGUUGUCGGGAGUAAGUUUCAAGACUUCUCCGGAUGAGUUCUGCCACUAGUUUCUUUAAUACAUUCAAUAUUUUGGAUUAAUACAAUAAUAUUACAUAGCGACUCCAUUUUGUAAUAUACAGACUAAAACGGCGCAUUACUAUAUAACAAUUACAAUAUCUUAUGUAACAUCCGUGUGUUAUUAAGUGAAAUAAUGAAUUCAUCUAACUACAGUUGGAGGAAAACACAAAAUAAAUUUUACGUCUAGGUUUUCAUUAUUAAUAAACUAGGUUAUUUUAUAUUCACACUCCGGUCAAAAUAGAUAUUUACUUUUUCAUAAAUUCUCAAGAAGUUGGAAUUUGCUUUCAUUUCACUUCAGUUUCUUAAGGUAAUGUUAAGGUCUACGAUAAAAAUACUGUGUACCGAAAUUAUAGCAUAUGUAAUAUGCAAUUAUCUUAACACAAAAUUUUAAUAUUUUUUUCUAACAUUCACCAUUUUAGUUGUAUGCAUACUUGGAAAAAUGAAACUUAGUUAAUUCUAGAAUGCUGCUUCUCAAAAAUGGUGAACAUAUAAAAGUAUAAAGAUAUUUGCGUGUAUUUUGGAGAUGAUUUCUUGAUAUACAUAUUUAAAAUAUUAUUAUAAAAAGUAAGGUAAAAUAAAAAGUAUCCACAAACUUUGGACAUUUUUUACUUACACUUAGAUUUGAUGAGGAUUUUUCAAAAUUUAAUUUUAUUGGUGUCCCCAACAUUAACUUUGAUUUUCAGCUUCUUGAUAAUUUACGCAAGUGUAACCCUAGUUUUGGGCUGACUUGACUGGAAUAAUACUGCAUGGGUCAAGUAAUAGAAAUCAAUAUAUACGAAGGUUAUUCUAACGAAUUUAUUACAUUAUACUGUAUAUACUACAAAAUUGUACUAAACGUAAUAGACGUAGCAAAAUAGAUAUGGACUAAAGUAUAAAGUAGAUUCUUUUUCUCUGACUGUAAAUUGGAUGAUAUCAUUAUAUUAUGACUAUAUUAGUUGGUAUGCUAUAAAUAAUCUUUUAAUAAAAGUAAAAUAACGGUCAUAUUUACUAAAUGUUUUUCAAUGAUGAAGAAAAUUAAAUAGAAGGAACUUUAUUUAAAGCAAACAACUGAAAAUAGUUUUAUAGAAAUUGAUUGAUGAUCGUAAAGAGGAAAAACAUGGGUUAUUUUUAUUUGAUCUUUAAGUAAAUUAUGGCCAUUAUUAGACUUUAUAAAAUGUAUAAAUGGAAUUUGAUAGGUAAAGCUAAGAUUCGACAAACUAGCUAGGAUGUAGAUUCGCGAAAAUUAUUUCGCAUUUGAGAACUGUUACAUUUGGUAGGUAUCGAAGUUUUUUUACUUUCGAGAUAUGCUAGAUAGAUUGCGUAGAGAUUCGUAAAGAAAAACGUUGUCAGAAUGGAAAUGGUGUUUGGGAGUCGUUAUUUCAAUUACUGUAUAACUAUGAUGGUCUUUAUAAGUACAUAAUGUUGUAUUGUAAGUUUACUCGUUUUUCGUCGCCAUUUUCAAGCGCCAAAUCGUCUUAAAUCAAAUCAAAUCAAAUCAAAAAUCAUUUAUUUCAAGUAGGCUCAGUUCACAAGCAUUUUUGACACGUCAGUUGACUAUUUGUAAAGAUUCUACCACCGGUUCGGAAGGCAGGUUCUGCUGAGAAGAUACCGGCAAGAAAAUCAACAGUUGCUCUUUUGAAAAAGUCAUACAGUAUUACACAUAGUACUCCAUAAAUAGGUAGUAUGUGCAGUCUACUGCUGACAUGUCGAUUAAGGUUUUCAAGUCACCUACAUAUUAUUUAGGUGAGUCGAAAACCGUUGGUCGAUUAAAAAAAAUAUUUAUACAUAAUAUGGGUUAAAGUUGAGUUUAAUUGAAUGAAAUUACAACAUUCUAAAUGUAUGCAAAAAAUUAACAGUUCACAUAUAUUGAUAAGGAUUUUUUACAAAAACUGGAUAAAAUCCUUUUUAUAGGAUCACCAGAGAAAUAAAAAUCCUCACAAUAUUGCAGAAAACGAAGGUACAAAUUUCUUCAUCUACCAUUAUUUAACUUAUAAUGAAAAAAGUAAUUUAUACCGGUUACAAGGUUUCAUAUAUUUUUGGUAUUCGGAUAGGUAAUUGCCUUAUUUCAGUACUGGCGACGAACGAGAGUGACUUCUAUUCUUAUAAAAUCAUCAUAGUUAUUGGUACGUUGAAAUUUCGACCUUAAUGUAGUUGUAAUAUAGUCGUUUACGUCUCGCGGUGUUGUAUAAAUUAUUGUAUUACAUAACUGUACAGUAUUAUAUAUUUUUCACUAAUACGCGACUGUGGCAUUGUUCGCAAAAUUUUAAAAAUAAAUUAAAAACUCGCGCUGAUUUUCAAUUUCGCUUAAAAUCGUGCAUCUUUUACUGUGUGAGAAUGAUAACAUACAGAAAAAUAUUUUUUUUAACAAAGUGUUUGUCUUCCAAAACUCUAUUUCACUUUACAUCUUUACACACAAAAAACGAGAGACGAAGAAUAAUAAUGUGUGCGAACAGGACAAUGUAGUAAGCGUGCGAAUGAGAGACAAAUAGAGAAAACCCUGAUGUGUCCAGCAGGCCUAUGCGUCAACAAUAUAUUAUCCUGGAAAGAGAAAAGUACAUUGUCGACCAAUAUCCAAAAUAUCUCUCUCUCUUUCGUUUCAAUGGGACAAAAGAUAUGCGCUAGGCUAUAGUGAUGCGCGUCAUAGGUUUACAGUAGGCAUACGAUGCGCGCCAAGAGAUAACAAGACAAUUUUGUCUAUAGGUACUUUAUCCAUAUAGCUGUUUCUUUCGUCUCGUCGCCACAAAAGAAAUGGAAAUAUGUUGACAAAAUAUCUCGCUGUAUCUAGGCCUGCGAAAACGUACAAAAAAGAAAUAGUUCAAGCCUCUUGCACACUGUUGUUUCAAAGGUUUAAAUGGUUAUUGUGCGAAUGCUAUACUUGUACAUUGCUACGCUAUAGAUUACCGUGAACGCAAUGGUGUGGGUAAAGGCUUAAACCUCACGAAACGGCACAAGAGUUCUUCAGACAAGACAAUCGUUUCAACAAUUUGAACACAGUUGAAACUGCACAGGUGUCGUUUGGCUUUAAGUUAGUAAUACUUUAACUUUACGCACAAGCGUCUAGCCAUACUUGUGCUUAAAGUAAGCAACUUGUGCGUGCUCCUCAGACCAAUUAUAGAAGGACCUGUAUCGCACUCAUAGUCACGAACAAAAUUGUCUGUCAUUUUCUGAAGAAAACGAGCUUAGAUUUGGUAUAUAUCUUAUACUAAACUAGAAGUUUUUGCCCGUUUUUCAAACAAUCAAUAGGGAUGAUGACAGUUUUUUAAAUUGUAUAUAAAUUAAAAGUAUACUAAUAGUAAAGCAAUUUUGUAAAAGGAACAGGGUAUCUGCGAUCAUUACUUUCGGAGCUACAGGGAUUUAAAGUGUCAGAUUUGCGGCGCUGCCGCGGAUCCCUGAAAAACGCCCCAUACAAAAUGGCUUGAAAUAAUGACGUCAUAGGCAAUGUAGUGAUCGUUAGAUUUGUAUGCGCGUUCAAACAAAAUUACUAAUAUCUUUGUUAUUUGUGCGUUUAUGCUUAUAGUUCAUAUAUUAAAAAAUGUCACAUUUAAUGUAAGGAAGCUAAAACUGUAUGAAUUUUCAUCUAAUUACGAUAAAAUAUUUUUAAUAGAUUUUGAAAUUUUAUAAUCUCAUUUAUUUUGCAAAUAUCCAGACAAUCUUUGCUUUUUAUGUAUAAAUUAGUUAACAUUGACCCUAUUUACCCGAAUGUAUCAUAAAAAUCAAUAUAUUCAAACCUAGUCAUCAUCCCCAUUACACAAAAAGGUCUUUUACGAAGCUCUUUAACCGACGAACACGAUUACAACUAUUUAACAUCGAUUCUAUAGAGACAGUUUUUGUAAUCGCAUUAGAUCGUUGAUCAUAUACUAUGACAGAAAAGUAACGUCUUGCGAGGCAGGUCCUAUACAAUAAUUGGUCUGAGGCGUGCUCUAAGCAUUUUGAAAGAUCAAGUGCGUAGCUAAGCGUUUAUGUAUCAAUUGAACAUUUCUCGGAAGACUUCGUGAGUGUGAUGGUGCCUUUAUGUCGGUAAACGUUAGUUGCGCUGUAUAGUACUCUAGGUAAGGGCUGGGAGAUUCGACACGGUUGCAUCGGAAACGGUUCAACAUUUUUGUUGUAUACGAAAAUUGGUUCAAAAAUAUAAUUUAAUGAAAAUUGAGCUCUUUUUUAUUUAAUAUCCUAUGAUUGUGAUUUUAGAAGCCAAAUAUUUGCGGGUUAAAAAAAAUCGUUUAAAUGUUAGGAAGUCAACAAUUUGAAUAAAAAAGGUUUGUACUUUGUGCGUAAUUUGGCUAUACCUUAGGAAAAGGCCAUGUAGUAGCAAUUUACAUUGGCAUAUAAGCUUGCAAAUCCAACGGACUUGAAUGCUAGGUAACGCGACGACGUAAGACCUCAGCAAUAUAUUUCGUGGCACAUUGUCGACCAAUAGCAGCGGAACGUCGCUUUCUCUUUUGUCUUAUUGCUACGGAAUGGAUAUCGAUAUUUUCAAUAGGGAUGAUGAAGGUUUUUUAAAUUGUAUAUAAAAUUAAGAGUAUGCUAACAGUUGAGCAAUUUUAUAGAAGUAACAAGGGAUUUGCGAUCAUUUGAUGUAUAUACCAUGUAGCUCCGAGAUAUACGCGGCUAACUCAAAAACGCACCAUAUUCAAUAGCACGAUUGAAUUACCCGAAUGACUCAAAAUAUUAUAAUUUAUUCAAACAUGUAGUCAUCAUCCCCAUUCUGUUUGUCUAUUGGUCGACAAUGUCUUUCUCGUCACCAUAUAUCUAUCCUGCAUCCUAAGCAUAUUGUACUGUGAUUUAUCUAAGAGAACUUUUGUUUACGUCGAAAAUUCGCAUGUAUGGAUAAAGCUACCGUGUCGGUGUAGUAUGUCUGUACGUACGUACUGAAGUGUAAUAUACAUGUUUAUAUAUGUAUUCGUUCGCACGAAGCUUGGCUAAGACCGAACAUUUAAAUUGUAAAUGUAUUUGGGAAUUUUCACUUGGUAUACGUUGACGUUUGCUUGUGUGAGCUCAUGUGACAAUUUAAGACAAGUUAGUUGUGUGAGUGUGUUGACGUUCCAAGUUAGAAAAAUGCAGAUAUAAUUUUGCCUGGAUUCUGUUUUUCAUUUCAUUUUUAUUCUGCGGAUUUAACAUAUAUUAUGAUUCAAGUCUUUGGCAGAUUUACUUGUGAUUGUGAUCCGUAACCAAAUGUUGGUUCAAAUUUUUUUUUUGUUUAGUAAUGUUAAUGUAUAUUUAAAUAAUAAUACAUUUCAAUUAUUGUAUUAGCGAUUUAAUUUACACAUAGACUAAAUGUUGUAUACCGGUAACGUCACUGAAGUUGGAACUGCGUGAAACAUUUCAACUGAUCACAGCACAAUGCUAUUUUUAUUAAAACCAUUAUUUAGCCUGUCUGCCUGAAUACUCGUGUCUUAAUUCGAAAGUAUUAGAGUUUAUAACACAAAAAUUGUAUUAAAAAUGCUUUUGUAUGAAAAAGUCAUGUAAAAAUUAUUCAAUUUUAGAAUUAGAAUUUCAUAACUAAACAUUGUAAAAUGCUAAAUAUAAUUUGCAUGCUAAAUAGCUAAUCCUUAUAUCGUUACCUACGCGCAGUCAUGGCACCUGAUUACAUCUCGCUCCAACUUACCUGACUUCAACGUGUACAGACAGAGAUGUAAAUAUCUCUUUUUAAGCAUAAAGUGCGCGGUAUAUAAGUUAUUUAUAACUAAUACAAGAAUACAUUGCGUAACAUGCUAAUUUAGCUGAAAAGUGAAAUAUCAUCCAAGUCGCAGAAAAAAUUGCGACUGUCGCGUUUUAUAUCUUUUAACAAGCUAAUUUCUUUACGACCGAAUAAUAGUAUCAAAUAGUCUUUAUGUUAAAUUGAAAAAUUGCACGACAUCGCAAGUCGCGCUGUUUCAAAUGUUUUAUAUUUGUAACUAUUAAAAGUACAUAAUUUAAGAAACAACAGUUAGCCACAUACUUAUUUAUUAAUUAAAAAAUGGCAGGUUUUUUAACGGUCGGAAACAAGUAAAACAUGGGGCGUCGCAUGAGUAUAGUAUGUAUAGCGACAUGACACCAUAGAAGUAACAUUAUACCAAAAUAAAUAAUCUAUCUUUGAUAAAAUAUACAAUUUAAGUCUGCAUACGUUAUUUUAACGCGUCAGUCGCAGAGAAAACGCGUUUGUCGCAAAAUGUUCGAGGUUAUGUGAAAUUUGAAUUGAUUGUUGUAUCAGUUAUAAAUAUAAGAUAUAGUAUGUAUUAAAGCCUGUUUGUAUGUUGAAUGUGUUGAUGGUUGGCUUGUUUGUGAGUAAAUUACGUUGAAUAUGUUGUAGAUUUUUGAUUCUUUCAUAACAAUUCUUGUAUACAUUCAGUUUUGUUUUAUGUUUUAGGUUUAUGUCUUCUUAAUAGUAUUUCUUGUUCCAAAAUAUUAUAUAUAGGCGUUUUCCACUUACUUAUUCAUAAAAAAUACAAAAUAAUUGUUUCCAAAAACAAUCUAUAUUGGUUGGUGUUUAUCCACCAUAUUGUCGGAUAAACACAAACCAAAAUACCGAAUCAAUUGUGAUUUGUAUGAAUAGACAAAUAGGACUUUAAAUUCUGAAUUUAUACAAGAAAAUAAAAGUAACAAUAUGGGAAUAAAUUAAAAAAAAAACAUAAAGUUUAAUAACAAUUGUUUACAGUAAAAUCAUUUACCGACAUAGUUUUUUUUUAUCUUAUAACUGUCUAACGCUUUAAUACCAAUAGUGUAACUAAUUAUUUUUUUUUUAAGUAAAACGUUUUAAAAAGUUAUUAUGUUAGAUACGACGUAUGUGUUUCUUUUUUAUUCUAUUUUGUGAGCCGAUUUCAAUUUUGAAUGGAAUCUCAUUCUUUUUUAUUUCGUGUUCAUUUUUUUUAAGUACCUACGAAACAUCACAAGGCGUGACGAUUUUAAACUAUAUUUUUUUAAUAAUAAUACAUUUUAUAAAAACCACUUUAACACUCUGGUGCAAUGUAUGUAAUUAAAUAUUUGAAAUAUAUUUUUGAAUAUAUUUUAAAUAUUAUUUUUAUUUUUACUAGGUAUUUGAAGCCAUUAGAAAGGUAACUUGUAACAAGUGGUAACUUGAAAGAUUAAAUUAAAACUGCUUACUCUCUUCUUAAGAGUUGUGCACACCACUGGUUCUGCUGCAUAAUUGUAACUUUUUAUAUUAUAAAAAAAUAUAAGUUUAAAAAUCGUAGAUCGUCGUUUAUAUGUACUAUAUAUAAAUCUUUAUGUAUGUAAACAUAUUAUAUUAUAUAAUAUUGAAAUCUGGCUCACAUAGUUAUACAUGACAUGUCGUAGUUCAAAAAUAACUAAAAAUUACUUUAGAUUCGAUUUUUGUGUUCAAUUUAUUAGUUUUUUAGUUAUAGAUAUUUUGUUACGAUGUGAUGGGCAAAUUCACCAAAGUUACUUUGUUAAAUUAUUUCGUACAAUGUAACAUAUAUGUAACAAAUGUGUACAUUUUGAACCUCACAACAGUAUGACGUUUUCAUUUUAAACGACUUUCAAAAAAAGGAGGUUCUAUGUUAAGCUGCAUGUCCUAUUUUGUAACUUAACAAUCCAAUAUCAAUUUUUUUUGUAAUUUGGCUAUGUACCACGAUGUCUGGGGUCGACUCCUUAAUUUAAAGAGGAGUAUUCAUUUACAGAAAAUUGAGACGUUUUUAAUUAAUGAAAACAUGCAAUCGAUCAAUUCUAAAGAAGCUUGUAAAACUAAUAUACAAAUGUCCUAUCAAAGCCUUUUCACCCGCGUGGUUCCAGUUUCCGUAGGAAUACGGGGAUUAUAUAUAGCCUUCCUCGAUAAAUGGGCUAUCUAACACUGAAAGAAUUUUUCAAAUCGGACCAGUAUUUCCUGAGAUUAGCACGGUCAAUCAAACAAACAAACUCUUCAGCUUUAUAAUAUUAGUAUAGAUUUUUUUAAUUUCGUCUAUUCAUGUCAAAGUAUUUAGGUUUUCUUUACUUGAGUGAGUGUUGAGUUGAGCAUAUUUUUAUUGAAGGAUUCAAGCAUAUUUGAAAAGCACUACAAAUAGAUUAUGCCUAAUAUUUAAAAGUAUGUGGGUUGGUUUUAACUUGUUUAGGUAACUCAAAAUAUGAGGAAAAGAUUUUUUUUUAUAGUUACCUUUUUCAAUAAUUUUGUUUUAUAAAAUCAUGUUUAUAUAGUUAUUGAUACUAAGACAUGUAAUGUAUAAAAACGCUUCGUCUAGCUUGUUGUAUAAUUGAUUUUGUAAAUGUAGGGUAGUUUGGGAUUAUAAUCGCCAUCUUGGGUUUGCUUGUACAUGUACAAUAAAUAGAAUAGAUUUCAAUACAAAUUUAUGAAUAGAUUUGUAUUGAAAUCACAAAAGAAAGUAAUUAUUAAAAAAAAUCAAUAAAUAGUUAAUUUUUAACUUACUUUAUAGACUGGGAACCUGCUUUUGUCGAAAUGUAUUUUGGCCGAAGUGUAGACAAAGAAGUAAAUAGACUUUGCAAAGGAACUAGACAAGGCGAUUCGAUAUUCAAUAUAAUGUCGCACGCCAUUUUCAACAAGACAACAAGAACAAGAUUGACAAUAGGCUAAUUGACAUUUUUUUUUAAUGGUCAUUAAUUGUUCAUUAUCGUUUUAAUAAAUUGAAAAAAAAUUAUAUUUGUUUGAUAUUUUAUUCCGGACGGGCCGGAACGGAUUUUUCAUUUUAUCUUUAAAAUUUUUACUAAACUGACUUCUUUGUUUUGAUUAGAACAAUCUUAUGAUCAAAAACUAGAUAUUUCAUGUAGGUACAUUAAUUCACCAUAAAUUUUCAAAUUCAUGGAAGUUUUUAAUAAAAAAAAUCAUUAAUACAAAAUUCAUGUAAAUAGUUAUAUUAUUACUUUUAUAUACACUAGAUACUUAUAUAAAUUUUCACAAAGUAUGUAAAUCCCAUGUAUGAAAUCAAUUAUACAAGAAGUUAUAUAAAGCUGCACUGCAACCGGCUACAUUGCGCAAUAUGUCGCGAAGUUCUUUCUUUUCUUUGGUAUCAGUAAGUGCUUAGUCAUUGUCUAACUUAUAAUUAUCUCUGCUUUUUUUGUACUGCGCGCCGUGGCCGGUGGGUGGGCAACUUUAACUUUUGCAUUUAUGAACCUUUGGUCACACUAGCGACUACUUUGUCGCGACGUCGACGCGUUUUAUAUAAUUAAGUUGAGACAAAUGUUUUGCCUAAUGUACGUAUUUAGAAACAUGAAACAAUAUCAUCAUUUAAUGUAAAUAAUCAUAUUUAUAUGAAAAAUUAUAUUGUUUGUCCGUGAAAACUAUAUAAACUACAAAUUAUAUCGUCUGUGUUUGUCUUAUAUUUAAAUUAACUACCAUUUUGUUAUUGAGUAUAAAACAUCACAAACAUUUUUCCAAAGAAUGGUUGCGUAUUUUUGAUUUUUGACAAUUGUAUGCUGUAGGUAUUGUUAAACAUAAUUAUUUUAUGAUGAAUAGCGAAUAGCGUAAUAUUUGUCUUAAACUUGUUACUCUGUCACCUCUUAAUAUUUUUUCUUACAAAAUAUGUCGCGACAGUCUAGCGAUAGUUUCGUCGUUAGACAUUAUUGUCUUGCGACAGUUUGGUCGCUAGUGUGUCCGUGGUGUAACGCUUGGUGCGUGUGUUCGUUGCGUAAGUGCCCGUAACUAUUUAAAACUAUUAAUAUUAUGAAUAUUAUAAUUAUUAUUAAUGUACAAUAGUUAUUAAAAUGAUUUUUAAGCCAAAA